GUUCAGGGUGUUUCAGAUCAAUCUUUUUACAGACAUUUUAAGAGUUACUAUCGUGGGCUUUUCAGUGAACCGAUGAAGAAAAUGUUUCUCAAAUUACUUUUGCUCUGUUUGUGUUUGUGGCGUCUGGUUGGUGUGUUUGGUGAUGAUGAAGUGAAGUCAGUGUUAAUGUCGGAAGGAGAUUCAGUCACUCUAAACUCUCGUCUUACUGAAAUUAAGGAUGAUGAUGUGAUUCAGUGGAGGUUUAAAAACAAUUUAUUGGCUGAAAUCAACAUAACGUCUGACAGCUUCACUGUAUAUGAUGAUGUUCUUGAUGGGAGAUUCAGAGACAGACUGAAGCUGAACAAUCAAACUGGAUCUCUGACCAUCACAAACACCAGAAUUGAACAUACUGGAGAUUAUCAACUAAAGAUCAACAGUCUGAUCAAACCCUUUACUCUUAUUCUUCAGUAUGGUGCAACUGUUGAAAUAUUAGUGAUGGAGGGAGAUUCAGUCACUCUGAACUCUGAUCUUACUGAAAUGAAGGAUGUUGAUCUGAUUCAGUGGAGGUUUUGGAUUGAAAACACUUUAAUAGCUGAAAUCAAUAAACGGGCCGACAGAAUCGCUGUAUAUGAUGAUGUUCCUGAUGGGAACUUCAGAGACAGACUGAAACUGGACAAUCAAACUGGAUCUCUGACCAUCACAAACACCAAAAUUGAACAUACUGGACGUUAUGAAUUACAGAUCAACUAUAUGAGGGUUGAAUUCUUUCUCACUGUCAUUGAUGAACUGGAGUCAGUGUCAGUGAAGAAGGGAGAUUCAGUCACUCUAAACUCUGGUUGUACUGAAAUGAAGAAUGAUGUGAUUCAGUGGAGGUUUGGAAAUGAAAACACUGUAAUAGCUGAAAUGGAUGCAACUGAAGACAGCUUCACUGUAUAUAAUGAUGUUCUUGAUGGGAGAUUCAGAGACAGACUGAAGCUGGACGAUCAAACUGGAUCUCUGACCAUCACAAACAUCACAACUGAAUAUGCUGGAGAUUAUAAACUACUAAGAUUUUUAACAAGAUUCUCAUCAAAAUCAUUCAAUGUUUCUGUCUACGACUCUGUCCACUGUUGUGGUUCUACUGAAGCUGUGAUCCGAUUGGUCCUCUCUGCUCUGGUGGGCGUGGCUACUGUCAUUCUUGUGGUUUAUGACAUCAGAUCCAGAAGAGCUGAACGAGAUCAAGCACAGAUUCACACAUCAGAACUAUAUUUUCAUCUUUUUCAGAAAGAAAUGAAACCUAAAGCUGAACGCUGAACGCUAAAGGUUCUUCAAGUGUGUUUUUUAAGUGUUUUUGUCAUAAUUACUUAAGAUGAUUUAAGCUUCUGCUCUCUCUUUCAGUGUAAGAUUUUUAAAAAUCCAAUUUGAAAGGCUUUAUUGUUUAUAUUUCGCUCCGAUACAAAAUAAAAAAAUUAAUAAAGAGACACACAUAUCUCACUUUACUACUUUGUCAUAUGUAUUUGCUUGCCUUUAUUAAUAAAGUUUUCUCACUCUGA